AUGGAGGCACUAUUAUCAAAAUAUGGAGUUCAUCAUCGUAUAGCAACAACUUACCAUCCCCAAAUGAACGGCCUAGCAGAGGUUUCAAACAGGGAGAUCAAGUCAAUUUUGGAAAAAACGGUUCGACCCAACCUUAAGGAUUGGAGUAUUCGGCUCAAUGACGCGCUUUGGGCCUAUCAGGCGGCGUAUAAGGGACUAAUUGUCAUGACCCCGUAUCGACUUGUUUUUGGCAAAGCGUCUCAUCUACCAGUAGAGUUGGAGCAUAAAGAUUAUUGGGCUAUUCGACAAUGUAACAUGGAGUUAGAGCCCGCAGGAAAGGUAAGGAAAUUGGACAUUCAAGAAUUGGAGGAAAUUUGCAAUGAUGCCUACGAGAAUGCUCGAAUUUAUAAAGACAAAACAAAGUUGUUUCAUGACAACAAUAUAGUUCAGAAGCAUUUCUUGGUAAGACAAAGAGUUUUGCUUUAUAACUCCGUAUUAAAGCUAUUCCCAGUUGAAAUAGAAAGUGAAGAAUCAGGAAAGCGGUUCACAGUCAAUGGUCAACGGCUGAAGCCAUUUUAA